GAAACGCAUGUGAAAUCCAGUAAGAAGAAGCAGUGAAUUUCAAUUUAUAUCAAUAAUUUUUUACAAGUAUUUUUAAUAUGUCUUUAUUAGAAAGUUUACAAUCGCUGAGUUUGUCCAAGGGUAAUACUGAGCGCUCGUAUUAUUACUUAAAAUUUCAAAAUGAUAUCCAAGUCAUUUUUGAUGAAAUCUGUACCAGCAAAGGCAUCGCUCGUGUUAAUAUAACCAUUAUGAAGGGAAGUAUAUAUUUGAAAGGUGAUUAUUUUAUUCCUUUAAAAAGUAAUGAGACUUUUCAACUGAAUUGUCAAGAACUACUGGAAAAGUUAAAGAAUUUAUCAUGUGUUCUUAGUGUUGAAAUUGAUACAAAUUUCAAUUUAUUACUUUGUGUGAAACGAACUGUUGUGUACCAAGAUAUCUUAAGUCAGAUAUCGGAAAUUUCAUCUAAUUAUGGUAUGUUUGAGAAAAAUAAGUCUGUGCUUAUUUUUAUUGAUAAAGGAAAGCUGGAUUGCUGCGAUUCUCUUCGAAAUACUUUACUGGCUGAACAUAUAAUUUCACUUCUUGGAGCGAACAAAGUAGAAGUGUUUUAUUUUGAGGAUAGGCGUGAUUCCUCUAGUGGGUAUCCAAAUAGCACCAGGCUUCCUUGUUCCAGGAAUUGCUUAUCUCUGAAUGAUGUUUGUGAGGAUUUGGAGUUUAAAAUAAAUAAUUCUAAAUGGAAAAUUGAUUCUGAAAUUAUGGACUGCCUCUGUAUGGAUGUUGAAAAGUAUAUAAAAGAAAACUGUCUUCAGCAAAAAUAUGGAAAAGUUAUAUCUAGAAUUACUUUAUCUAAUAAUAAUUUAUAUGAAGAUUUAUACAGGACAGCCUUCAUCAAGCAUUUGCUGAUAGAUCACAUGACCAAAAUACCUGAUUUUAUUCUAUACAUUGGAUCACAGAGUCAUAGUAUACAAAUUUAUAAAUCAGGAAUACUGUUAGAAAUGUUAGAAGAACUUACCAGUACACAAGUUUAUAUUUUUAAUCAGAAUGCUCGUUUUAAAGAUGAAAAUAAGUUAUCUGCAGAUGAUUUAGUUCUUGCUUAUAAGUCUGAAGUUGAGAAAGCCAUGGAGCAUAAGUAUGGGGAAUUUACAACAACAGACAAAACAUGGAGUAAGCGUAUUGAAUCAUUAGUGGAUAGUGCUGUAAAAUUUGAGUUUUUAAAAGUAAACCAUAAUAGCAUCUUGAAUUUAAAACAUCCUGGCAGUCAGAGUGGAGGGAAAAGUUGUGGAAUUUUUGUUCAGUAUAACUUUGCUCGACUUUCUAAUUUAUUUAGAAAUUUUGAGGCUAAAGUAAAAGAAUCUUAUUACCAGCCCUUACAGCUCUUAGAAGAAGUUGAUUUUAACCUUUUAAAAUUAGAAGAGGAAUGGAAUUUAUUUCAUUUUGUAUUGUCAUUUCCACAAGUUGUGAAAACUCUUUUAGAAUCCCUUUUGUCUAAAGAGAAUAAAAAGGCACGGUUUUAUUUUAACAAAAUCUGUAUCAUGCUACAAGAUUUGUGUCGAUAUUUGAGCUUGUACUAUAGUAAAAUUCGUAUAUUAUCUGGGCCACAAAUUCACCUACAAAAAGUGAUGAAUGCAAGACUGUGGUUAUUGAAAGGCAUCUAUCAGGUUUUUGUUAAUUCAUUUUCUUUGUUGAAUAUUAAUGGUUUGGAUCUGAUGUAAAGUCCAAGCAAUGCCAGGUUUUAACUUGCUAAUAUAGACUGCUGUCUACAGCAUAAUAUUAAAAUUCAGGUACUAUUCUUCAUGUUGUAUUUAAUGAACUUCAAAUUGAAUUUGAGUCAGACUAAUAAAUUGGUAUUGUUAGAAAUAAUAGGUAUUCUAAAUAAUAUAUCUGUGCUUGGAUUUAAGAGCCCUAUAAAUAAUAAAAAUAGAAUUAUUAUUAUUUUGUAAAAAGAAAAAUGUUUGUAUUUUUUUCUUUGACAUGAUUAAAAAAAAUUAAGGGAAUUGAAAGUAACAGCAUUUAUGAUAAGAUUUGAAGUUGACUAUAUGGUGAGUUUUAAAUAUCAUAUUACUAGUAAUAAAAAUAUCAUUUAUUACCUAUACAUUUUAGAGCUGUUGAAAAUCCAUAAAACUAAACUUUUAUGCAAAAUUUAUAAUUUUGAUACACAAUACAUCAGCUAC